AUGACCACAAUAAAUUCCAUAGAGAUUCGAGGAAUCCGAUCAUUCACACCAUACAGAACAGAAUUCCUUCAAUUUGAAAAGCCCUUGACACUCAUUGUUGGUAAAAAUGGCUCCGGAAAGACAACCCUAGUUGAAUCAUUAAAAGCAGUCACGUCGGGAACAUUGCCACCAGGGCAGUCAAAAGGAAGAACGUUUGUGUUUAAUAAUAAACUCAACAAAUCUUCGGAAGUCAAAGCAUCAAUAAAAAUCACAUUCAAUACACACACCAACGAAACAGUCUCAGCAUCAAGGUCGUAUACAGUAACAACAGAUAAAACUGACCCGAAAAAACUAACAUUCAAGGGGACGGAAAAUGUACUGAAUGUUACAUCGCAAGACGGAAAGAAAAAGAGCCUGGCGCUGAAAACAACUGAUAUGGAUAUUGCAGUACCCUUACUGAUGGGAAUGUCUAAAGCAUUAUUAGAUAAUGUGAUAUUUUGCCACCAAGAUGAAAACAACUGGCCACUUGAAGAUCCAAGUAAAAUCAAGUCAAGAUUUGAUGAUUUGUUGGAGACAUCUAGGUACACAAAGGCUCUACAAUCAAUACAAAGAGCAAAAAGAGAACAAGAAGAUAUGAUAAUAUUAAAAAAGUCUAAAUUGGAUGCAUACAAGUCCCAAAUACUCCAAGUAAAAUUUUUGAACCUUAAUCUUUCCCAGAUAGCUGACCUCAGGAAGCAGUUGGAAACAAGUAGACAGGAAAUUUCAAAAACAAAGAAGGAAAUAGAAUUGACGCAAAAACAAAUGAACGAAAUGAAUGAAAAAAUGUUGGCGAAAAGGAAAUACUUCGAAGAGUCGUCAUCUAAAUAUAACGAAUAUUGUGAAGCCGAAGCCUUUUAUACUAGAGUUAAAAAGGAAUUUGAAACAAUGCAUGAACAAUUGGAUGAAAUAUACGAAGAACCACUGGACCAGAUUAGAAAUUAUCACAAAGCAUUGACAAAUGAAUUAAAGGCCUCUGAGUCUAAAAGUGAAAAUUUGACUAAAUCUAUCGAUAUGCUGUCAAUGAACCUAAAUGACCAACAUGAAAAAUUAAGAAAGAUAAAUUCACAUGAAAAUAAUGUGUUAAUACUAAAGGAGAAAUAUUCGUUCAAUUCUAAAAGAAUAACUGAAAUUUAUAAUGAAAUUUUACAAGAGUUUUCUUUAAACCUAGAGGAUCUAGAAGAAGAAGCAAUCAAAUCAAAAAUCGAAUCCCUAUCAAUACCAACCAUUGAAGAGAACAUUUUUAAUGAUGAGAAUCAAAACUUGGAGAAUGAAUUAAAGAAAUUACAAACAUCACUUUUAAAUACAACGGGCAAAAUUGCAGCAUUCAACGUUAUGCUGAAAACAGUGAACGCAGAAUUAAAGGAACAUGAAGAAAUAGCAUCAGAGUAUGAAAAGGUUAAUAUACACAAGAAUAACUUGAAUAAAGAAUUGGAAUCUCUUUCUGAAGAUAUAAAAUCAUUAGAAAAUCAAUUAAAUGAAUUGCAUCUAAAGAAGGAAGAUAUGUUGUCUAAAGGGUUCAGAAUGAAGAACAUGAUCAUGACAAAGACAGACAUAAACCGAGAGGAGAUCUCCUCAGCAAUAAAGUUCCUGAAUUACAUAAUAGAUAAUGACUCAAAACACAUCGAGUCAUAUAACAAGCUUCUAAGCAGUUUAAACCUGGAUGAAAAUAAACUAAUUCAAGUGAUGAAAAGGAUAUUUGACGAAUUGUUCAUUAAAGACGAUAAAGUCUUGAAGGACAUAUACGACUCAGUUAAUAGGUUACACAAGUCCUCAAAAGUUAAAGCCUCUUGUGGGAAAUGCGGAAAUGAAGUUGAACUUCUGUUGACUGAUAUGUCCUUUGAACCAUACAACGAACUGAUAAGAAUAUUGACGAAUAACAGAAUUAAGGAGUAUGUAAAGUAUUUUGAAAAGGUUUUGAACGAAGAUAGAAGAGAUAACGAAGAUGAUGGGUUCGAGAUAAACGAAUACAACAUGAUAUUGCAUGAUAUAACAACUUUGAAGCAAAAUCUGUCCAACAAAAAGUUGGCAGUUGAAUGGAAGACGAAGGAGUUGCAACAAACAAUGAUUAAACUGGAGAAAAUUGCCGAAUCUACAACAAAGAUGGCGAAGUCCAAAGAUGAAAAGGCUUUCAUCAUAAGUGAAAAAGAUAAAAUCACAAGUGAAACCAAUGAAUUACAAGCGAACGUGGAUAAUAUAAAUAAUAAGCUGAAACAGAAUAAAGCGGACUUGAAUAACAUGCAAAACACACGCAACGUCAAGUACAACAAGUUCAAAAGCAUGUAUAACGAGCUGGUUAGCAUGAACCAAAGUAAUAGGCAGAUACAAUUGAAAAUCAACGAAUACCCGCCAAAUGUCUCAGACAAAAUAACCAACAUCAACCAAAACAUCGAUAAACUGAAUGAAAGCAUUAAGUCAAAUAAGGAGAAACAAAACGCUUUAACGAGUGAAAUAAGGGAGAAGAAGAGACUAAAUGAACUAUUGGAGCAAAAUAUAACCUACAAAGAACAGGAACAGUUGCUACAGGAGAGUAAAUCGAGAUUCGAAAAACUAGAAUUGGAGAUGAGUGGUAAAGACGUCAAAGAAAUUAAGGCCGAUUAUGAUAAAAUAACGAACGAGUGUUCGUCACUAUCACAUAAAAUAGCUACAAUGAAUGGGAUGUUGAUUUCCAGAGAAGAAAACGCAGCUAAACUAAGUGAAAUGCUAAGUAGCGACUCAUUUUCCAGAGCUCAAUCCCAAUAUAUGGAAACAUAUAUAGAAUUAAAGUCCCAUAUAGUGGCGAAAAUGGAUUUGGAAAAGUAUUACAAAUACCUGGAAUCUUCACUCCAUAAUUAUCAUUUAGAAAAGAUUAAUAACAUCAACUCCUCACUAAAGAGGAUAUGGAGAGAAGUUUAUACAGGAACCCAUAUAGAUUAUAUACAAAGUGAGGAAAUUAACAUGGAUUUUUUAGAUAUAUUAGUUAAUACAAGGUUUAUCUGUUGUUUAGUUCAAUCUAAGGUGGAUAAGGAUGUUUCGCCAACUGAAAUAUCAUCUCAUUCUUAUAGCUACAGGGUGGUUAUGGUAACACCUAAUGGAGUUGAACUUGACAUGAAAGGACACUGUUCAGCAGGUGAAAGGAUAUUGUCAUCAUUGGUUGUGAGGAUGGCACUGAUAGAGUGCUUCAGUACAAAUUGCACGAUACUGGCACUAGAUGAACCAACCACAAAUCUAGAUAAAGAUAACACACAGAGCCUGGAAAAUUCGCUAAGCAAACUCGUAAACGAAUCCAACCUUAACUUUCAACUCAUGAUCAUUACGCACGAUGAAGGCUUCGCUAAUAAAAUGGCAACUCUGUGCUCCUGCGACAAGUACAUUAAGCUUGAAAAGAACGAUACUUUCACAAAAAUUAGAACAAUAAGAUUUUAA